AAAGCCGUAACUUCGUAUAAACAAAGAUGGCGGCCUUCUAGAGUAAUUCGCUAAUCGCUCGAUCCUAGGGAUUUGCCAAAGCGAUCAUGUCUUCCGAAAGUGAAAUAGAGGAAGAGUUUUAUGAUGCUGAAGAUGAGACCACAUCCACAGCUUUUGUUAACCAAAAACGACAACAGCCACCAAGUUCAUUGUCAUCAGAUUUAGAGAGAGAGGAGAGGUACCUGCUUGAUCUAAAACGGAGAGCAGAAGAGCGGAGAAGGCGGGAAGAUGAAGAGCUGGAAAGGAGACUGGCAGAACUCUAUAGGAAAAAGGAGGCAGAAGAAAUACAUAAGGAAGUGCGACAUCAGCUAUUUGAGCAAGAACAACGUCGAAGAAAGUUAGAGGAGAUGCGGCAGCUGCUGGGCAGUGACAGUUCUCUAGCACACCUCUCUUCUCAGGAUUCUUCUUCCUUAGAAAAAGAUUCCCCUGGUUUUAGCACUUCUGCUGCCUCAGAAGCGCCAGAUGUUUUUUCUGUGACCGGCAGUGCCUUUGGUCAAAAGUCACACACGAUUGAGCGGAUGGAAAAUUCUAGUGCUCCAACCCAAACACGGCAGCAUGCAAAGAAAAGAUCGGGUUCUUGGGGAGACUUACCCAACAAUGAUUCCAGACCUCUAGAGAGGGUCAGCGUGGAGAGAAAUGACAGUGUAGAAUCAGAGACAGCAACGGCUUUGCCUCAGGACCUGGCCUUGAACUUGACUCGUUUUCAGCCAGAGAAAGAUCAGCAGCACAAGAGACUUACUAUGCUCAUGAAUGAAAGAAAAAUGGAGAACUUUGACCUCUCCACCCAGUCAGUGGUUGAUGACAUCAUUAAAGAAACAGAGACAGCAGGUGAAGAACCUGAUAUUGUCAAGAGUACAAAGACCAGAACCCCACCAGAUACUUUGCUUAUUCAAAGCAAACCUGUGGCACCACCUAGAAAGAGAAAGAAAACAAAUCUGACCCCUACAGCAAGUUCUUCUGCAGAAGACCAAGGUGACCUGACCCAGGAGGAACUCAGCUCCUUCCCCAUUCCAUUGCCCUCCCCCAUGUUUCCACGUUCUAGCAAGGGAAUGGAAGCCAUGUUGGACCUCAGUAGUGUAGUGGAAGGAUCCAGGCUCAUUAACACUGAGGAAGCAGAAGCUGGAGUAGCCAAGACUGUGUCUCCCUUGGAUCCAGCUGAAGAUGUAUUUACUGAAAACUGUGGUGCUAAAGAGGAAAGUGUUGCUGGCAGAUGCCAGGUAGUGCUUCGUGAGGAAGCGGAGAAGUCUAACCAGCCUUUAUCAACAAGGCCAAGAUCUAACUCAGGUCGUCCACUGACAGAUCAAGAAAUACUUGAGAUGGUGACAGUACGUAAUUUGGACACAGGGGAGAUGAUGCCUCUCAGUGUGGCUGAAGAUCGCUUGCCACAGUGUGUCAACCCACUCUCUCUCCACAUCAUGCGUCGCACAAAGGAGUACAGCAGUGACUCCAAUUUACGUGACCUUGAUCUGAGUGAUGAAUCAGACUCAAGAUCCGAGAAAAGUGUGGCAUCAUCUGGCACCACACAGAGAAGGAAAGGGACCAAAUUCAAGAAACUGCUGGGAAAAACUGUAAACAAGAUGAAGAGUGUGGCGGACCAUGUUUUGCACGGAGAUGAACAAGCUGUGGAGGAAGAAGUCUCUGUAGAUGGGAAGAUUUUCAAGAUAAAGUCAUCAAACACUAACAAGGGACCAUAUGAUUUUUCUCAACCCAACCUUCUUCAAGAACUGACAGGUGAACACACGGGUGCUAUUUGGACCAUGAAAUUUUCUCCCUGUGGAAAACUCUUGGCAACAGGAGGUCAGGACAGCAUUCUGCGAGUGUGGGUUCUCAAGAGCUGCUACAGUUAUUUUGAUGACAUUCGUCGCAAGUAUGAGGAUGUUCGUAUUACUCCUGCACAAGAUUCCUCACAAGAGAGUCUUAGCAACUCUGCUGGUGAAACUGCACCGUCCACCUCUGAUGCCAAAGCUGUGGAUCCUUUGAAGGAACUGGUUCAGGAACAAGAAGAGGAGAACAUAGCACCCUUUAUGCGAAAACCUUUCUGCACCUACAAGGGUCACUCUGCAGAUCUUCUAGAUAUUUCCUGGUCCAAGAACUACUUCAUCCUGUCCUCCUCUAUGGACAAAACGGUUCGACUUUGGCAUAUAUCCCGGCGUGAAUGUCUGUGCACUUUCCAGCACAUCGAUUUUGUCACUGCUAUUGUCUUCCAUCCAAAGGAUGAUCGUUACUUCCUGAGUGGUUCUUUGGAUGGAAAGCUGCGUCUAUGGAACAUUCCAGACAAAAAAGUAACUAUGUGGAAUGAACUGUCAGGUACGUCUAAUCUGAUCACGACUGCUAACUUUUGUCACAAUGGACGGCUGGCUGUUGUUGGGACCUAUGAUGGGAGAUGCAUUUUCUACACUACAGAUCAACUGAAAUAUUACACCAUGCUGCAUGUGCGCUCCACGCGUGGGAAGAAUGCACGAGGCAGAAAAAUUACAGGAAUAGAGUCUAUGCCAGGUGAAGAGAAGAUAUUGGUUACUUCAAAUGACUCUAGAGUGAGAUUGUACAGUCUGAAGGACUUGACACUGACUUGCAAAUAUAAGGGAGGCACAAACAAUAGCAGCCAGAUUAAAGCCAGCUUCAGCUCUACUGGUAAAUACAUCAUCUGUGGCUCUGAGGAUCAUUUCUUAUAUAUCUGGAAAACAAAUCAUGAGUUUGUCAAAUUUUCAUCAGCUCGCCGAGACCGCAAUGAUUAUUGGGAAGCUAUCAAAGUUCACAAUGCUGUGGUGACUGCGGCAGUCUUUGCAGCAAACCCAUCAUUUAUCUUCCGAAUGGCGAUGGCAGAAAACGCCACUGCAGUCUUUGACGAUGACACAGAGGAAAGAGAAAUAAUUGUGUCUGCUGACUUCACUGGUGCCAUCAAAGUUACCACUAACAGACCAAAAAGUUGAUGACUAGUGUUAUCAAGGAGGGUAAAAAUCAUCAGAUAAUGUCAGCCAUAGAUGCCCAUUUCCAGGUUUGCUACAGUUGCUGUGUGCUGGAGUCAGCAUUGUGUGGUUGUGGUAAAAAUAAAAUUGAUAGCUUACAAAUAUUCAUAUUAUCCACUGUUCUCACCAGACCAUGAUAAGGAAUGUCUUCAAUGGCUGCUGUUAUAGGGCAUGUGCUCUGCUCUUCUCCAGAAGAGCAAUAAAUAUUUUCACAGACUGUUGUAGAUGGACAGCAUAUGUUGCUUUGAUAGCAUUAAUGACCUUUUACAGAGUAUAUAUCAUCCUGUUAACAUUGUCACUUACAAGUAAAUAGACAAAUGCAAUACAUGAGGUUAGAACAAGAAUAGAUGUGAUAAUCAAGAUUAUAGUCACUUAACAAUCUUACUGGUGUCACUGUAUGAGGGAAGCUGGAUUCUUAAGUGUAUUUGGUCCUUGCUGCUGUUGAAGACCAUUUCAUCUUAUCAAAUUAAUCAUCAUGUCACUGACAGGUGGCAUAUGAUUUACUUGUUUCCAAAAGAAAGAUGCUUGACAGUUUGUUUUUCUGCGGCAUAUGUGCAUAUGAGAAUUAAAAUUCUGAUGGUGGUAAAGAGAGCCAUCUUCCCAUUGUCAGGGAUUUUGCUUUUUGCUAGAUUUUAUGGUGAUUGUACAGGUUCUUUUACAGUGGUAGGAUUUGAGAUAAUUUGGAGGAUGUCUUUCUUCACAUUGUUCAUGUCUAAUGACCAACUAUGUGCAGCACUUAAUAUUCAGGAACAAAAAUCAUCCACCCUUAUAAUUCUUCCCCUUAGACCAUGUGAUUUUUCUGAUAAAUGUUGCCAUACUUGUGCUUUCAAAAUUUCUAAUUUAUUGUUUUCGAAAUUACCUUUUUUUUUUUUUUUUUGUCCAGUUAUUUUGUGAAGAUUUGAAAUGUUAACUACUGAUCAUGUUCCCCUUCCAUUUCUUAACACAAGAAUUGUACAUGUGCAUAAAAAUCAACACAAGUUUAAAAAAACCAAAGUGUUAUUGCAUUUGGUGUUGCAACAAUUUGGUUAAAGGAUGCCAAAUGCACUUAUUUUUAAAGCAAACAUAGAUGAGCAGAAGAAAUGUUUCUUCAGGAUUUGGCUUGCCUUUGGUUUCUUGGCUUCCAUCUUUCAAUAUUUGCAUUACUCAGGCAGCUCUACAGAUGAUGCUGGGCAUUGUGCUAGGGCAAAGGAGUGAUAGGUGGUUGUAGAACUUGGAUCUUGACUUUUUUCCCCAUGGAAGUACAGUAUUCUUUUAGUCUGCUGAUGGUCUUGGCCAGAAUAAUGCAGUGCCAUCCUCUGAGAGAGAGAGUGCAUAUAAUUUUCCAAAUCCAGAAAAUCACUUCAGACAUUGCAUUUACUAUAUACAUAUCUCAUUCGAUUCUGCUGUAGUUAAACAAUUUGAUAAAACUCUUCAUUUUGGAGGCAGUUUAUCUGUUUUAUUCUUCCCCGUGAAGAAUAAUCUUUUAUUGUAAAAAAUCUUUGAACAUGUUAUCCCAUGCUCAGGAGCUGCCCUCUCCACCAUAUUUCAUAGACGAAGCUCUUCCUUACAUGAGCCUUUGUAUAAAGAUGUGUAGGCUAUCUUAGUGGUUAGAGCAUUUCAAUGUGGAAGCAUUCCAGUCUGAUGGUGCAGUGACCAGUCAAUCCAGCUGCUUGGGGAAUGACUCCAUGGAGGGUUGGGAAGGUCAAGCAGUGAGGGAGAAGAGAUGAGCACCACCCUCAUGAACUUCUCUCCCUAAAAGAGGUGCUGCUUCUCUAACAUCUUAUUAACCAACUUUUUUACCUUUAUCCUUAAUGGGAUCUAAAUACUAUUUAGACAGAUGAUUCAGAGAAGACAUACAAACUACAGUUCUUUUGAGACUAUUGUCAAGUAGUAUGAGCUCACUCAGCUUUGCUGUGAAAUACUUUUUAAGUCUUAUUUUAUGAUAUUUUCAAGAUUUGCAACAAUUACUGCAUUCUUAAACAAGCUUUCUUCAGCAGAUCUGUGUAUGCUUUUUGAAGACCUUUAUUCUACAAUUGUAUAAUUGGGCUUCAGGAGAUGUAUAUAACAGUUUGAGAAGGUUACCAGCACAUUAACCUUAAAUGUGCCUGCUAUGCGUUUUUGCAUUAAUAAUGUGGUCUCUUCUCUCUGCCUGGUGGUGAUGGAAGUAGUAAUCUGAACUACGAUCAAGACUCCCCUAAAUAUUUAUUAAUGUUUUCUUGUGGAUGAGCUGUAGAUCUCAGCUACAGCGUCAUAAACAUCUUGGACUGUGAAAACAGUGACACCUUGCUGAACAACACUUCUGGUUUUUCUUUUCAUAGAACAAUAUGGACUUUGAAGAAGGCUUUUUGACAGCAUUAAUAGAAAUAGUCUUUAGUGCUUAUUGAGGGCACAUGGUAUACCACAACACGUGGUAGAAAUCAUUAAAGGUUUCUACACUAACUUUACCUGUGCUGAUGGACAGUAAAUUGUUUUGCUUUGCUUUUUUAAGAAAAGAACAGAGUGUUGUAUGCUGUUGGCAAUGCUCUUCGAUAUGACUAUUGACUGGGUGAAUAAACUACUCGUAUAAGAACAAAAAUACCAUCUAGGCAAGUUAGACUGACAAUCAGCAAAAAGAAAAUGGAGAUAAUGAGAUUACACAUCCAAAAUCCUAUCCCAGUUUUUCAUGAAUUACCAACAGCAGAUAAAGUCAAAAGGAAGACCAAAGACAUCUUGGAGCUGAAUAGUUGAGGCAGAGGUGGAAACACUGAAUAAGACAUGGGAAUGCUGCCAAAGACAGACAAAAAGGAAGACCUCUAUUGCAGUCCUACAUACCAAGGAACAAAUGAAUGAAAUAUCUCAUGUCAUUAUACUGUGGUGAUUGCUUUUUUGUGUAGAUUUCGUUUUUUCAUUUAAACCUCUUUUCCCCAGUUUAUUCUGUCUAAAAUUUGCUUCCUGUCUGACACCCGUUCCAUUGAUUACUCCAAGAAUCUGGACAUCAACUGUUUUCCCUUGAACUUGUCCAGUGCUUCUUGUGCUAUCCUAUGCUUCUUAUAAUUUAUCAUUUUUUUCAUAGCAUGGGACUAAGUUAUUGAUAACAUGACAUUUUGUUUUUAAAGAUUUGUGUGUUCGUUUAGGCUAUCUGUUUCAGUGGGUUCAAAGUAAUUUUCUCCUUCCUUUUAUUUCUGUGAUUCCUGUAUUCAUUAAUCAUUUUUAGAGUUUUAAUUGAAUUUUUUUCAGAGUACCUUAUGCAUUAGGCUUUACUUUGGUUUCAUAACUUUAUCAGUUUAUUUCCUUUGCUAGUAUUGUUUAUAGUUUUCACUAGUAAAUCCCAAACAUAAAUCUAGAUCAGAAAAUAAAGUUUGUAAACAUAUUUAUACUUUUAAUCUAGUCAAUGGAGCAUUAUGAUAAUUGUCAGUAACAAGCUAGUGAAAGAGUUAAAUAACUCAAAAAACAGUGUUUUUUCAGAACUUGCAAAGAUCACUGUCACAGCUAACUUUCAAUUAAUGAAGUAAUAGUUAAGAAUAUUCUUCAGUUUACUUGUCAUUAAAGGCUGAGUACAAAACAUUUUCCAAGUGAGAACAGUUUAUUAAAAAUUGCCAAUAUCCAAAAUCUGAAUAAAUAUUUCUGGGCCAUUCUCAAGAUAAAUACUUUUGAAAGUUGCAGUUUUCACCUGGGUUUUGGAAAAGAGAUCAAGACUUUAUUUUUGUUAAGGUUGUAAAUGUCAGCUCCUUUAUUGGUCAGUGCCUCAUUUAAGUUUGUGCUUGAAGCUCUUGCACUGGUUGCUGCCUCCAAUGUUCUAAGUACAAAUUUAAGUCAACAUGUGCAUUUACAAAAAUUAAUUAAAACUUCACUAUGCAUUUUGUAAUAAGCUAAUACCAGCUGUAUAUUCUGCUCAUCUGCUACCACCCACUUAAUUUAAUUGGACUUGUUAGACUUUGAAAUCAGAUGAAAACAUGUACACUGAUUGAUUUAGGGUCUCUGUUCUAGUUCCAGGGUAGUUUGAGUUUGAGAUAUGAUACUCAAACAUCCAUAGGUGUCCAAGUGAGAGGGUGGUACAGUAUAACAUGCUUCAUCAGCAGUUUUUAAAACCUGCUUCACUCUUACUGUGUGUUCAUACACGCAUGUAAAUGCAUUUGUGAAUAAUAUUUUUGUGAAUGAUGUGUGUGUGAGGAUGCAUGCCUUGCUUUAUCUAUAAAUGCUAAUUGCUGUGUGGCCAAUAGCAAGAUGACUUAUUUCUCUGUGAUACCUUGUCACUUACUUUUAACUUAACCUUUUACAGAGCAUGCUUGGAAAGAACUCAUCCAGUUAAAAGCUUUUAUGAUGAACUGUCUGAACCAAAGGUAUUAGACUUGAUACUCCACUUAGACCAGUAAUGCAGCUCUGCUAGAGAAUAUUACUAGCUAGCUUGAGAAUACUGAGCAUGUUGCAUACAGAAAGCAAUGAAGGCAAAAUGUGCCAACAUUCUGUUUAGAAAUUAUGUCAGUGCAAGACAGAUACCAUGUAAUUAUUAUAAUUUAUUAUAAUUUGUGUAUACCUAUGUGUGUGCAAAUUAUAUUUUUGUGUUGGGAGUUAUUUUUUUCUUUCUCAGAAACCCCCCACCCCACAACUCCCCCACCAAAGCUCAGUAUGAUAUAAAUAUGAUUUUGUAAACAAGUCAAGGUUUGCAGGAGCCAUGUUUUAAAGUUUUUUAUGUCUUGCCAUGUGGUGGUAACUAUGAAAUACUUAGUGCCUUUGUUAAUGUACAAAUUUCUUCUUCUCCAGAAGAGAACAAAAGCAAAUAAAAUACAUGAAAUGCGAA